AUGAUCGAAACACCCCAGGCAGGCGCCCCAUGCACUCCUUCUAGCUCUCGGCAGGCUCAUUGCGAGCAGGCUGAUGACAUGGACACACAGGCUCCACAGCAACAGCCAUCUCCACCGCCAUACCCCCAUGAGGCAAUCCGUGACCAGUCCAUGGAUGAUGGGCGGCCAUCAAACCCCCCAUUGCAGUCUAUGCAGAACAUGCAGAAUAUUCAAAACAUGCAGAAUCUGCACAACAUGUUUGAUCCUUAUUUUGAAUAUCCCUCAGCGUCGCAGGAGUCCGAUCCCAUCAUAUCAGGCGUCGAGAACGUAUUCUAUCAGGCCUUUGCACAGUUCUUUUAUGCUCGUUUUAUACAAAAUAUGGCGACAAUCGACGGCAGAGCGAACGUUGUCUACUAUUUCACCGAAAUUCUCCGACAUCAAUUUCCGAAUCCAAGCCCUGCUGGUAGUAACAAUCACUUUAUGGCCAACCAGGAGAUGAGUUGA